AAAUGUGUCUGCAACAUGUCUAAACAAGGUAUCAAGAGGUAUUUCCUCUUCAUUAAGAACCGGGUGAGCUCAGACUGGAAGGACCUGGCUUGGUGUCUUGGGUUUGAGACACCAGACAUAGACAACAUUGAUGGCAAACACCGAGACGACAAGUCUCGCUGUAUGGACCUGUUACAGCAAUGGUACAAGCGGGAGGGUAACGCUGCCACCAUACAUGUGCUGAUGGAGGCCCUACAAGAUGCAGAGCUACAGCAUGUGGUGGACAAUCUGAAGGACAAAUAUCCUGAACUUCAAUUGCUCCUCCAAGAGAACAAAAGGAGAACUCUCCAAGAUGAAGAGGCUGGCGGGCCAAGAAAACGCUUCCAGACCAACCCAGUUCCCCUGCAACCACCAGCUAGUGAACAGGCUGGGUGCACUGAUCCCAUAAAGGAAGAGGUAAAGAUGCUGAAGGAGAAAAAUGAGAAAAUGGAGAUAAUCUUUCUGGAACAGAAGGCAGAAAUGAACGAGAAAAUCCAGCAGCUUCAGGAGAGGAACAAGAAAAUGGAGGCCAGAAUAGAGUCACUGCUGACUGUCAAGCAGAUGGUUGAGAGUUUAAAUCGACAGCAAGUCAGGCCAAUCAGGGUGGGACAACCAUGGGUGAGGAAAGUCAGGUUUGGGGGAGGGGGAUCAGGUAGGGGGGAAUGUAUCCUUCCCUUUGGAGUAGCUGUCUCACAGGACAGUGAGGUCUACAUUGCUGAUCAUGGGAACAGCAGAAUCCAGGUGUUCACAAUGGAUGGUGCUUAUAUCAGAGAGUUCACAACAACUCUGCCAGGGGAAACUGGUGAAAAGUUAAAACCACAGGAUGUUGCUGCAGAUAGAAAUGGCAACCUGUGGGUGGUGGGUGAGGAUCAUGUAGUGCAGUAUUCCAGGGAAGGCACCUGUUUGAUCAAAAUAGAUCUUCCAAAUGAUGGAUAUGAUCGUGGCAUUACUGUAAAUAAGGCAACAGAACAGGUGAUUGUCACAGAGUAUGAUGGGAAGAAUGGUCAACUUCGAAUUUUUGAACAAGAUGGUUCUGAUGUGGGGAUAUAUGGUUCAGGUCAUAGGUCACCAGAGCCAUGGUUUCCGUGGCAUGUCACUGUGGAUGGGGAGGGAAACAUUCUGGUCACUGACAUCAACAAUCACUGUGUCCAUGUCUUGGACAGAGAGGGGAACUUCAACAAGUUUGGGAGUUGGGGAUCUGAUGAAAAUCAGUUCAAAAAUCCUCGGGGCAUUUGUGUUCAUGGGAUGGGAGACAUAAUUGUGGCUGACAAAGGAAAUGGAUGUGUGAAAAUGUUUGACAAAGGCAGAUUUCUGUGUCACAUUGGAAGUGGUAUAAAGGGUCCCUGUGGUGUUGCUAUGUCACCAGGUGGAGAUGUGGUGGUGACUGAUUGGGGAGAGCACACUGUAUCAGUCUGGACACAGUGGCAAUAA